CAGGGAUAGGGCAUGCCGGCUGGGCUGGGCAAAGCACGUGAAGGUAUGCAGGUUGGCAUUAUCUGGUUGCCAUGGUUAUCUUGAGUUAUGGGCCACCUGGUAGUCUGGCUGGUGGCAACAAGGCUGUCAAUCAGUUCAGCAUUCCUUCCUGAGGUGGGACACUCCACAACCUUGGUUUGAUAUUUGAAUCUCCUAAGGUCAGUUCCUGGGAUUCUCUUAAGUAAUAGGCAUGUUUCCACAUGAUGACAUCAGUGAAAUCGUGGUAUGGGUCUGGUAAUCACUGGGAAUGCAGGAAAGAAUGCAGUGGUUGGGCCAGGUGUGGUGGCUCAUGCCUGUAAUCCCAGCACUUUGGGAGACUGAGGUGGGCGGAUCCCUUGUGGUGAGGAGCUGGGCGUGGUGGAACAAGCCUGUAAUCCCAGCUACUCAGGAGAGUAAGGCAGAAGAAUUGCUUGAACCUGGGAGGAGGAGGCUGCAGUGAGCUGAGGUUGCACCACUACACUCCAGCCUGGACAACAGAGUGAGAUUGUCUCAAAAAAAAAAAAGAAUGCCCUGGUGGGGGUGAGCUGAAGCCAAGCCCCGCUUCUGCUGUGUCUCAGUAUGAACUCCAGGGGAUUCACCCAGGAAUGAAGAACGCAGGGCCCCUUCUCCACCUCUCUUCACACAGCUGCCUCUGCCUGAACUGACCUACCCCCCGGCCUCCCAUAAAAUAAGGCAGAGACCCAUGAAAUUCCUCCUGUCUCCUAAUUGAUACCGCCUCCUUUUUCUCACACUUGGAAUGAGCUCCUUAUGUCUCAGAUCUAAUCCUCCUGACCCUUCAAUCAAGGGCUUUCUCCUGUGUCCCCCACAGACCUGGGACAGCUCCCUUGCCGGGCUGUGAGCUUCCUAAGGGCAGGGCCAGCAGGGGAUCAGAGGGAAGCUGUGAUACAUUGUGGUGCACCAGGCAGGCAGCACACUCUUUGCAAACUUUUACAUGAAUACACAUGGGGAUUUACAAGCUAAAAACUUUGAAGUGGGCUGGGGCGGGCGCGGUGGCUCACACCUGUCAUCCCAGCACUUUGGGAGGCCGAGGCAGGAGGAUCACUGCAGGUCAGGACUUCAAGACCAGCCUGCCCAACAUAGUGAAACCCUGUCUCUACCAAAAAUACAAAAGUUAGCCAGGCACGGUGGCGCAUGCCUUCCUGUAAUCCCAGCUAUUUGGGAGUCUGAGGCAGGAGAAUCACUUGAACCUGGCUGAGAAGUGGAGGAUGCAGUGAAACGAGAUCACACCACUGCACUCCAGCCUGGACAACAGAGCGAGACUCUGUCUCAAAACAAAACAAAACACAACAAAAACAAACAAACCACAAACACACACACACACACAGCAAAAAAAACUUUAACGUGGAUACACGUGGGGGAUUUCCAAGCUAAAAACCAAAUUCUGCUGUGGUCAUGCUGGGGUGAAGGCUGAGAGUUUGCAGUUCUAACAAGCUCCCAGGUGUUACUGAUGCUUCUGGAUGGAGACCACUUUAUGCAACAAGGGCCCAGCUGGCUAGGGAAGGGAGGCAGCUGAGAGCCCAGGUGGCAGCAGCCAGCAUCCCAUGGGUAUAAGAUGGCCAGAGGCGGCUGCCUGCUGCUCUGCAGGCACCAUGGAGCUGAGCUAUAGGCUCUUCAUCUGCCUCCUGCUCUGGGGUAGUACUGAGCUGUGCUACCCCCAACCCCUCUGGCUCUUGCAGGGUGGAGCCAGCCGUCCUGAGACGUCCGUACAGCCCGUACUGGUGGAGUGUCAGGAGGCCACUCUGAUGGUCAUGGUCAGCAAAGACCUUUUUGGCACCGGGAAGCUCAUCAGGGCUGCUGAUCUCACCUUGGGCCCAGAGGCCUGUGAGCCUCUGGUCUCCAUGGACACAGAGGAUGUGGUCAGGUUUGAGGUUGGACUUCACGAGUGUGGCAACAGCAUGCAGGUAACCGACGAUGCCCUGGUGUACAGCACCUUCCUGCUCCAUGACCCCCGCCCCGUGGGAAACCUGUCCAUCGUGAGGACUAACCGCGCAGAGAUUCCCAUCGAGUGCCGCUACCCCAGGCAGGGCAAUGUGAGCAGCCAGGCCAUCCUGCCCACAUGGUUGCCCUUCAGGACCACGGUGUUCUCAGAGGAGAAGCUGACUUUCUCUCUGCGUCUGAUGGAGGAGAACUGGAACGCUGAGAAGAGAUCCCCCACCUUCCACCUGGGAGAUGCAGCCCACCUCCAGGCAGAAAUCCACACUGGCAGCCAUGUGCCACUGCGGUUGUUUGUGGACCACUGCGUGGCCACACCGACACCAGACCAGAAUGCCUCCCCUUAUCACACCAUCGUGGACUUCCAUGGCUGUCUUGUCGACGGUCUCACUGAUGCCUCUUCUGCAUUCAAAGUUCCUCGACCCGGGCCAGAUACACUCCAGUUCACAGUGGAUGUCUUCCACUUUGCUAAUGACUCCAGAAACAUGAUAUACAUCACCUGCCACCUGAAGGUCACCCUAGCUGAGCAGGACCCAGAUGAACUCAACAAAGCCUGUUUCUUCAGCAAGCCUUCCAACAGCUGGUUCCCAGUGGAAGGCCCGGCUGACAUCUGUCAAUGCUGUAACAAAGGUGACUGUGGCACUCCAAGCCAUUCCAGGAGGCAGCCUCAUGUCGUGAGCCAGUGGUCCAGGUCUGCUUCCCGUAACCGCAGGCAUGUGACAGAAGAAGCAGAUGUCACCAUGGGGCCACUGAUCUUCCUGGACAGGAGUGGUGACCAUGAAGUAGAGCAGUGGGCUUUGCCUUCUGACACCUCAGUGGUGCUGCUGGGCGUAGGCCUGGCUGUGGUGGUGUCCCUGACUCUGACUGCUGUUAUCCUGGUUCUCACCAGGAGGUGUCGCACUGCCUCCCACCCUGUGUCUGCUUCCGAAUAAAAGAAGAAAGCAAUA